AGAAGAAAAAAACCAAUUACUCUCAUGUCAAUGUCAUCCCCAGCUUGUAACUUGUUACACAGAGGAUUGCAACCCAGGCAUAGCAUGUUUGGGAGGUCUGAGCAACGAGGAAGUUUCCUUCAAGUUUUUGGAGAAUUAAAGAAGAAAAAAAAAAAGCAUUAUGGUGUCACCACAGCACCAAUCUUCACCUUCUUAUUCCGCGACUCUGUCUGUCCUCCGGGGAAUUGGAACCAUGUUGUGUCCUACUCCUCCUCAGCAGCAGCAACCUCAAUCUCUGCAAGCCUUGGCACGCAGCCGGUCCUUGUGUCUUCGACAAUCCCAGUCUCGCCGGACUUCACAACGCUGCCGCUCUUUAAACUACAAUUCAGAUUACAGGACUUACUCCUGUCCCCCAACCCUGUAUAUUGUAGGAAAUGAUGCAGAUUACAGUCCGGAUUUCUCAAAAGCCGAAAUUGAAAUUAAGAUCAAAGGAUUUAAUAGUAAGAAGAACCUCAGCACGUUGCCUUUGCUUAGCAAAGGCUCCCAUGAUGACAACAGCAACCAUUACAAGCAACAAUACCAGACCACAGGAUCUGAUGAUUCCAACCCCACCGAGUCGCUUUUAAUGAGCGGUUGUCCCCAUGCUGACACUGACCAAGACGAGCUGGGUAAUGUAACAAGGGUAUUGUUUCAGGGCUCUGUGGAUUCCAACCUCACCCAGUCGCUUUUACCGAGCGGUUGUCCCCAUGCUGACACUGACCAAGACGAGCUGGGUAAUGUAACAAGGGUAUUGUUUCAGGGCUCUGUGGAUACCGAUCCGAGUGUGUCUCCUUUACCUUGCAAUAGUACCCAUGCUGGUACUGACUAUUAUGGGCUACACAGUGCGUUCCAGUUGAACUUAUUUGAUCAGGGAUCUGAUGACUCCAACCUUAGUGACUCGCUUUUACCGAGCAGUGGUCCUCGCAAUGGCACCGACUAUGACGAACCGGGCAAUCUGGCAAGUGAAGUGGGCCCUUCUGUUUCAAAUCCUAUUGAGUAUCUAGCGAUUAACAUCGCGCAGGAUGAACAUAAUGAUUUUGGCCAGCCACAUCACAGGACAAGGGUAACUGCCUUAGGGUUGAUCUUUAUGCUCGUUGGUUUGAGCCUAGAAAUGUUGUCAGCCAGUUUCGAUCAGGUUUCCUCCGCAAGUACGCCUCUCUAUGCACUAAUCAGUUUGCUGUUGGCCAUUGCGGCUGUACUUACUUGCAUCCUGGAGCUCAUUCAAAAUGGUAUAAAGGACAAAGAUGCGUCUCCGAAUAGACCUGCUUUCGGUACGUUGCCUGACAUUUUUGGAUUGGGACUUGCCGUGAUUCAAUGUGUUUGCUCGGCAGUGCAGUAUUAUUUCCUCCAUCAUCGUGAGAAUAAUCCAAUGAAACUGUCCCCUGUGCCUCUAUUUUUCUUCGCCUGUUUGGUGGUUUUGAAAUUAAAAGGGGACUAGAGCCACACUGUUUAUAUAUUCAGGAUGCUAAAGCUUAUGACAGUAGGCAAUAUGUUUCAUGAGUUUUGUAUAUGUAAAUUAAUUAGACAAUGUGUCGCAUUCAUUUUGUAUAUAGCAAUUUUUUGUCACAUCAGAUAACUCAAAUGACCUUUUCAAGUCAGC